AUGACUAGAGAAACAGUCCAAGCUAUUCCGGCAAGCGAGGAGUACUACGACCUUGGCUCCUACGGUCAUGUUAUCAGCACCACCAGCCCCGACACCCAGACCUGGUUCAACCGGGGUCUGACAUGGGUCUACGCCUUCAACCACGUAGAGGGGGCCUACUGCUUCGAACAAGCCAUUGCAAAUGAUCCGACAUGUCCGAUGGCAUACUGGGGGCUCGCCUAUGCCGUAGGUCCGAACUACAAUAAGCCCUGGGAGAAGUUCGACAAGAGAGACCUACAUGCAUGCGUACAACGAGGCUUUGAUGCCGCACAGAAGGCCAAGGAACAUGCCGGGAAUGCAACACCCCUGGAACAGGCUCUCAUCGAAGCAAUCCAAUCACGUUUCGUCGCCAACACCCCGCCUAACGAUUACCCGACCAUCAACAAGGGCUACGCCGCCGCCAUGAAGCUCGUUUACGACGCUUUCGGAGAUGACAUCGACGUGGCCACGCUCUACGCCGACGCCUUGAUGAACAUGACUCCUUGGGCUCUGUGGGAUCUCUUCACCGGGAAGCCGAAUCCUAGCGCACCUACGAUGGAAGUGAAAGCUGUUCUAGACCGAGCGCUUACUUUUGAGAAUGCAAACCUCCAUCCCGGCCUGCUUCACCUCUAUAUCCACUAUAUCGAGAUGUCACCCACCCCAGAACUAGGUAUAAAUGUGGCUGAUAACCUCCGCAACCUUGUCCCGGAUGCCGGUCAUAUCCACCACAUGCCUACCCAUCUUGAUAUCCUUAUUGGAGACUGGAGGCGUUCCAUUGCCUCAAAUUACAACUCGACCCUUGCAGACGAUAAAUACUUCCGCAAGGAAGGAGCUGCUAACUUCUACACCUUCUACCGUAUGCAUGACUACCACUCCUUGAUCUACGCAGCUAUGUUUGCCGGAAAAUCUCAAAUGGCACUCGACGCAGUCACACGCAUGGAAGCCACCGUUCCCGAGGAGGUCCUCCGGAUCCAGUCCCCGCCUAUGGCUGACUGGCUCGAGCAAUUCCUAACUAGUCGGCUGCAUGUAAUGGUGCGCUUUGGCAUGUGGGAGGAGCUAAAACAUAAAGAGCUACCCGCUGAUCAAACUCUCUACUCUGGUACCACUGCCAUGACGCACUACGCGCGAGGAGUCGCCUUCGCAGCCACCGGGGACGUCCCCACAGCUAGGAAAGAACAGGAACGGUUCCAUCAGGCAUGGAAGCGGGUUCCAGAAACCCGUCUCGCCUAUAACGGGAAGCUUGUCGACGUGCUCCAGGUGGCUGCGGCCAUGUUGGAGGGGGAGAUCGAGUAUCGGUGCGCGAACUACGAUCAGGCCUUCGCUUCGCUGCGUCGUGCUAUUGACAUCGAGGAUAAGUUGCCCUACAGUGAGCCGUGGUCGUGGAUGCAGCCGUCUCGUCAUGCGUACGCGGCUCUUCUGAUGGAACAGGGCCAUUUGGAGGAAGCGGCGCAGACGUAUCGUGCGGAUCUGGGGCUGGACAACACGCUUGUGCGUCAGUGCCGCCAUCCUAACAACGUCUGGUCGCUGCAGGGGUAUCAUGAAUGCUUAGUGCGGCUGGGAAAGAUUGAUGAAGCGGCUAUGAUUGAGCAGUCGGUUAAGUUGGCUCUUGCGGUGGCGGAUAUCCCCAUCAAGGCGUCAUGUUUCUGCAGACUGGAUACUUCGCAGGCGCCGCAGGUUCUUGAAGGAUGUUGUUCUAAGGAGUAA